CAUUGAUGGUGAGGUUGCCCGUCUUCAUACUCAAAUCCGAAGCCACUACCUGCCCCCUGUGUCCAUCAGUUCUUCUGUUGACACAUCUUUGUAAAACAGUAUAAAAGAUAUUAUCAACCUAACUAGAUGUUAGGGAAAGGUCCCAGAAAGCAGAUUGUGAAAUAUCGCGAAUCUCAGUGUACGUUAAAAAGACUGAUAAUGAGGAAGAACCGAUAUAAAUUGAUUGUAUUCGCUUUGGUGCUUGUAUAUGUUUACCAUUUUUUUGGUGUCGGCGAUUACGUGCAGUCCAAGAACUUCGAUAACGAUUUCAAUUAUCCUCUCAACGUAGACAUUCGACCGAUAGUCCAAGCAAUACUGGAAGGGCAAAAGCCGAAUGUUAAACCUAUAAAUUACUACCCGUACAAGUUCUUGAGCAACUAUCGUCAAUGCAGUGUCGUCAACAAACCGGAUUUAGUCAUAAUAGUCAAGUCGGCUAUAGACCAUUUCGGACACAGAGAUGCAAUUAGAAAGACUUAUGGAAAACCACAUGUCCAGGGCUACAACGUGAAGACAUUCUUCUUUUUGGGCCUGGACAAUGCCAGUUCAGAUGUACAGAAGAAUAUUACGAAGGAAAUGACAGAAUUCAAAGAUAUCAUACAGAUGUCUUUCCGUGACAGUUAUUUCAACAACACCAUUAAAACGGUCAUGUCCUUUCGCUGGAUCUUUCAGCACUGCGCCGAAGCUCAACACUACUUAUUCACCGACGACGACAUGUACAUAUCGGUACAGAAUUUACGAAAAUACGUUAGCGAAGUGACGACCGCGAGCGAAAGAGACGGAAUACUGUUCGCCGGUUACGUCUUCAAGUCGGCGCCGCAACGGUUCCGGUCGAGCAAGUGGCGGGUGUCCUUGGAGGAGUAUCCCUGGGACAAGUGGCCGCCUUACGUGACGGCCGGGGCGUACGUGGUGUCAAACAAAGCGAUGAAGAUGCUCUACGUCGGAAGCUUGUUCGUGAAGCAUUUCAGAUUCGAUGACAUCUACCUCGGCAUAGUCGCGAAGAAGAUGGGCAUAGUGCCGACUCACUGUCCGCAUUUCCACUUCUACAAGAAGCCGUAUGAGAGAGAGGAUUACAGCGAUGUGAUCGCCUCGCACGGAUAUUCUAAUCACGACGAAUUGAUUAGAGUGUGGAAUGAACAAAACGCGUUGUGAUUAAGAACGAAAUUAUCGUAUGAGUCGCGCGUUUAGUCGCUCGCGGCCCGGACAACAAAACGAUGCGAUACGUCUUUAGAGACAUUUCGUUUUUAUUCCAUUUGAUAUCAGUUCAUAAGGCUGUUUAUAAUUAUAACAGCGUAUGAGUUGAUUAUGUGUCUAUGUUUAACUAAUAUUAUGUGUUCUCGGAACACGACGUUACGCCGCGGCCAUAGGCUGGACCCAAAACAUGUUGUUGAUCUUUAUAACUUCUAUUCUAGUUCGAAUACUCUUAGAUUAAUGUUAGGUAGAUUAAUUAUGUAGCUAACAAACUAGACGAACGGAAACACCGACCAGUGUUAACAGCUCAGUGAUUUUAAAGAUAGAAUUUUAUUUAUCAGGGUUUUUAUUCAAUUAUAAACUUUUUGGGAAUAAAGACAAGGGUGAUAUUUCUAUCGAGCGAGAGACGGUCCGAAUGCUGUCGUUUGGGAACUUGUCCUGCAAAUAUCGAUAGCGCGAUUCAGGUAUUUAUGGUAUUUUAUCUACGCACUGCGUUUACUUUGUAGCCACCUACAUACAUAAUACAUAAGUUACAUAAUAUUAUGUAAGCUCAUUAUUUCUGUGGUGAAUUUGACAGAGUAGAACUAUCAAAUUCAUUUGAUUAAUUAAACAAAGAGUAAAAUUAUUAUUUUUAUUUAGUGGUCUUGUUAUAAAUUUCGAAUAACUUUGUUUUAAUAAAACAUAUAUUUUAAUUAGUUAUUAAAAAUAAAGAGUCUCAAGUUUGACGAGUGAUAAUUAAUAUAUUAGUGAUAAAUAAAGUCAUCAUUUUUAGUUUACCAAAAUAUUUAGUAGGGAACAGAAGGAUGAGUCUGAGUUUUUUGCUGGAAGCGUCACCUUAAAUAACCUUUGAAUUGUCCUUUUCUUGGGAUGUGUGGACUACAAUUUUAGAUAAAUUAUUUGAAGGAAUCUCAUCCUAGGAAUGGUGGUAUAGAUCUGCGUUCUCCAUAGAAAUAAUAAGAAUUUAAGAAGGAAAAGUUAAGAUCGUCCAACCUUAUAGGUAGCAUCGCGGCCUCCUGCUAACAUCAUGGACGAUCCAUGCAGUAGUGAAGCAUCAUUUAAUACCGCAAUGUGGGCUCUGAUCGGGACCUAAUUCAUACAAGAUUUUAUAAUUACAGAUCCGGAACAAGAACUUUGUAUUUAAUAUAAUUUAAUAAUUGUAAUAUAAUUUAAAAAUUGAAUUGGCUUAACUAAAAUUCUUAAGAAAAUUAGUUUUAUACUUUAUAAGACU